CCGGCCGUUGCGUUGCACGUGCGCUUGUUUUUAAAGAAAUAAACAAUAUUAUUAAAUAAUAUUUAAACAGAAACUAAGCAAACAUGGGCGAGUUUAUAGCUGAGAUGCAGGAGCGCCUGCUGCCGGAGUACGAGCAAAUGAAGAACUAUAGCGUAUUCACAGCAGAUCAGGUCAGAGAUAUCAUUGCUCGGCGAGAGCGCUUGUUCCUCAAGAUCAACAAGAGCCACCAGGCCAUCACCGACUACCUGGAGUUCAUACUGUACGAAAAGCAAAUGCACAUGACCAUUGUAGAGAAGGAGAAGAAGAUGCAUGUGAAACUCACUGGUCUAAAGGCAUCUAUAGCCACGCGGAUCAUGCGUCUGUACAGGGAGGCACUGGGCAAGUUUAACCACGACAGACGGCUGUGGAGCAACUGGAUUAAGUUCAGCAAAAAAUCCAAUCCCGUGGAAGUGACUGGUAUAUAUGAGAAGAUGCUACUGUACCACGGUGAUGUGCCGGACUAUUGGGUGGACGCUGCUUUAUGGAUGUACGAGUUCAAUCGCCUCAACAUCGACCGUGUCAAGGACAUUCUCCUGCGGGGUCUGCAGAGACAUCCAGAUUCCGUAAUUCUUAACAAAUGCUUCUUUGACAUUAUGUUGAAAGAGGCUGCCAUGGCCAACAAUGAACGUAAUCUCGCCGAGAACACGGUAUCCGAGCAGGACAUUAAAAUGGAACGCGUUGAGGCAGUUUAUCGCAAUAGUAUGGCCAAUAUCACACAAUUGGAAUAUUUCGUAAAGCUCCUAGAGAGCUGUGAGGAUCAUCAGGAGUUGACGGGCAAGCUGCAGCGAGUGAUAAUCGAUGAUAUGCAGGAGAAGUUUCCGCGUGAGCCUGGUUUGUGGGAUCUGCUUGCACAACGGGAGCUCCGUGGCUUUCAUCUGGGCGACUUGGAGGAUGAGGAGCUGGAUACUAGCGAUGAAGAGCCUGCCAACAAGAAGCCCCGCUCGGUUAAUGCCCGCUCCCUUAAACGACGCAUUCAGCUUUGCGUUACGGUAUACAAAUCAGCGGUGGAGGAGCUGCAAACGCAGGAAAUGUGGAAUAUGUAUUUAGAUGCCAUGCUGGCUUUAAAUUCCGAUGGAAAAACAGAACGGAUUCUUAAGCAACAGUGCCUGGCAGAUGCUCUACAAUCUGGUCAUCGGUCCCAGUUGAUGGGUGUAAGACACUAUGCCAUACUGCGGAAGAUGCUCUGCACUGCUCCCGGUGGAAGGGAGGCAGCUGUCACAAUUCUCACAGAGGCCUUGAAAAACGAUUCGUCUGUGGAGAUGCACGAGCUGCUGUUAGCCACACACAUCCAAAGCGAUAGUGAGCCAUUGAUCUAUGAGCUAUUCAACAAAUUGCAGAAGAGCAUGGGCAGUGAGGCGUUGCCGUUGUGGCGCAGUAUCAUUUUGUAUUAUCGCACAAGGCAGGACAGUUUGGGUGCACGCAGGCUAGACGAAAUCUACAGCCUGGCCUGCAAAUCCGCGUGGCCAGAGUUUGGCGAGCUGCGUUCCGAUUAUCUGCGCUAUCUGUGGCAGGAGCGAUCCGUCGAGGAAGCACGCAAGGAGUACGCUAAGCUGGCCAUUCAGCCUCCUAUGUCGCUGGCUCUGCACCGACAAAUGAUCCAGCUGGAGUCCAGUGUGACAGUUCGCGACAAGUCUAGUCUCAAGUAUUGGCGCAUGUGCUACGAUCUUAUGGCCUGCUACUUUGGCAAGACAGAACCGCGCGUUUGGGUGGAGUACCUCGCCUUCGAGCGGGAUCAUGGUGAAACGAAAAACAUCUCACUUCUAACCACACGGGCCCUCAGCACCCUGGAGCCCCAAUACAUCGCCGCCUUUGAGGCGGAGCGGGCACUGGCCUAUGUAGGCGCCUCCAUAGUUAAUUAAAAGUUUUCAUAGUUUAUUUUCUAUUUUUUUUUACAUAAUUCCUAAGUAAAUCUUUUAGACUGUCUAUAGUUUUCCAUUCUAGAAUAGGCUUAACUUUUUUAAACCUCUGUUGUAAACAAUUUCGUAGUAAAUAUACAGUUUUUAAGAUAAUUUAUAAAAGUGCUUAAAUUUGACUUUCCUAGAAGAGAGGUAAGGAAGCUAAAGCUGCAGUCUAAGUUAAGGUACUAAUUUAAAAGUAUACAGAGUAGCGCACCUAUGAGAUCAUGUAUUUUUUGUGCUAAUAAAGGCGGAAUUAUAUUUA